AUGCCAUUCUUCGGGUUCUACUUCGAGCCUGUCCGAUGCGCAACUGAGGCGUUGGGCCCCACAGCUGAGAGGCAAACAACAGCAUCAACAGCAAGAGCGGCUGGAACAUCUGCAACAACAACGACAGAAUGGGCAUCUUUCCGCCUUCUACGGAGCAGGAGGCCACCUCCUACACCCGACGGUACAGCUGCUACAUCAGCAGCGCGUGAGGCCUCCCAUGCAGCUGCCCGUGAGGCUGCAGCGGCAGCAGCAGCAAAUACAACAGCAGCUGAGCCUGCCUCAGCUGCAGUAGAUGCGCAAGCCUCCAAAGUAGCAGCAGAAGCAAGAGCAACGACGGCCGCAGUAGCAGCGCAGGCCGUUGGCUUGGAGCCAGCAGCAACAACUGAACUCAAGGGGAAAUACCUCGCCCUCUUCUUUGGAGCUUCUUGGUGCCCGCACUGCCGCACGUUUGCUACGCGUCUUCACCAGGUCUAUAGUCAGCUGCAGCACCUUCAAGAUCAGCAGCAGCCUCGUUUCGAGGCUGUUUACAUCCCUUGCGACCGAUCGCCAGUUGAAUUUGCUGCAUUCGCAUACACAAUGCCCUGGCUUUCUUUGCCCUUUGGGGACUACAGUGCACUGAUAAGACGAUACGGAGUUCGCUCCCUUCCGUCCGUUAUCAUCAUCAGGCCAGAUGACCAAGUCCUUCUAUCCGAUGCCGUGCCCAUAAUCAACGACCGCGACGCCGCCCAGAAGUUACAGAACAUGUUUGAGCGGUUCGGCCCAUUUGAAAGCAGUUACGACCGAUACAAAACACUCUUUGGAAUGCAGACCCAGCCUAAACCCUCGAGUACUAAAUGGUAA